AUGACGGACAGCGGCAAGUGUGCGUUUGUUCUUGGGAUCGAGCUUUUGGACGGUGAAGAUGGCAGUAUGACACUAUGUCAGCGUCGGUAUGUCGAUGAUAUCCUCAAGCGCUUUGGCAUGGAUGAUUGCAAGGCAGUCGCAAGUCCAGUCGACAUGAGCUCUCGACUUGUUUCAAGUGAUGCAACUACCAAGGUCGAUGCUCCUUUUCGCGAAGCUGUUGGUGCGUUGAUGCACCUGACCACUGCAACGCGUCCGGACAUUGCGUUUGCUGUGGGCUAUGUGUCGCGGUUCAUGGAAAAUCCCCAAGAAGAACACUGGGUUGCAGUUAAGCGUAUCUUUCGCUACCUACAAGGCACCAAGACGCAUGAAAUUUGCUACAAGCCAAGUGCAAGGAUCGACUUCCGUGGAUAUUCGGAUGCGGAUUGGGCUGGUGAUCUUACCGACCGCAAGUCAACAUCGGGGUACACGUUCAUGCUACUCGGUGCGCCAGUCAGUUGGGGCAGCAUGAAGCAGCCAAGUGUUUCGUUGUCCACGAGUGAAGCCGAAUACAUCGCACUCAGCUUGGCGAUUCAAGAGGGCAAGUGGAUUCAUCGUCUGCUUUGUGAGAUCGUGAUGGCUGCCAAUGAAGAAGGACCGGAACUCAUGAUCCAUGAAGACAAUCAGUCGUGUAUCAAGAUGACGAAGAACCCAGUCAACCACGGCCGUGCCAAGCACAUUGAUAUCAAGUACCAUCACAUCCGUGAUGAGGUCAAGCGCGGUGAAGCUCAAGUACUGUGA